AGGUUCAUCGGAUCUCCCCGCGAGAAAAGAAAACUUACCACUGGCACACCCUCGGCGCCGAAACAAUCACAUAUAACACCACCAGAGAAUUAUCGUAUAUUUUCGACUCUACGUGCCUAACAACGUCAUAUUAUACCCGAAAGAUCAAAUUUUGAAGGUAUUCAUAUGACUUCCACUCUAUCGGGGCGCUCCGAAGUUUUCCGUUGUCUUUCCUUUUGUUUUCUUUUCUUGUUAGUGGUUGAUAUCGAAUGAUCAUGGCCCGAAGAUGUGUUUGUCGGACUCGAGAGACGGGAAGACUGUUGUAUAACCCCGGGGUGGUGUGAUGUAUUCAUUUCAAGAUGGUUCGAGGCAUAGGGCUGGGGCUUGAGUAGAUAGAUAUAAAAGGUGCCUGAGGACGAGGCCAUUCGGUAUUUAUCUAGACACAACACACAAUCAAACAAGCAUUAAACACUGCGAGUACAUACCAAGUCUCAUCUCCUCUCAUACCUCAACCUCAACUGCGCUCAAAGACCUACCAACACAAUGCCAUCAAACGACCACAAAAACUACGAUCCAACCCAAUCAAUGGCCAACCCCGGCAUGAACUACUGGGUUCGCUCAACACCACCAACACAAAGCACACGCCGCAAUGCCGCUGGUCGUGGACUGUUUUCGGGUCUACAGGAUAUGAAACAUUAUAAUGUUGAUGGUGGUUGGGCCAAUAGACAUGUUGUUGAUGAGGAUGUGCAUGGGAAUAAUGGUUCGUUGUUUGGGUGGUUUAGUGGAUUCUUUUCGAAGUGAAAUCGAUCGAGGUGGAUAUGAUCCCGGAAAGUUGGAUUGGGAUAUCAGAAGAUGAAAGACGGAAGAGCUCGAGUGACGGGCUAUUGAACUGUAUAUAGGCUGUUUGCCAUGUUUGUAUUCUGCUGGGCGUUAUCGUUGGUGUUCAGGCGUGCAUAGCUAUUGCACAAUGUCAUUUCACUUUUCUUCAAUGGUUAUUAUUCCGUAUAUCCAAUGUUGGAACCGUGUCGUACAUGUUCUGUUGUCGACUCUCGCAAGUAGUGUAACAACGGGGAGUGAUAUGAACCCAACCUGGAUACUGAAGUUGUUGUUUGUGAUAUGUCCAUGCCUACGAAUUCAUAUCAGUUGAUUGA